UGAUACAGUAGAUCUCUUCAAGCUAUAGUCAUCUUAAAGACGAAAGGCAUUGACUUCCACCUGUUCUAUAGGCAAAGAUGGUAUGAUGUUUGAGACCUACCUCUGCCAAAACCGGCAGCGGCGAGCAGACGACACUAUACGGCUACAACACAAAGCAAAAAGAACAGUGACAGAAAAUCAGAACUGUUCGGGGUUACAACACGCCUUAUUAAGGCUCUACGGUAACAGAAUAUCGAUUUGUGUCAUUGACCAUGAUAAGGAUUGGACGGAGCUUACCCAAGGUAAGGUGGAUGAGACCAACAUCUAAUCGGAGUUGGAUUAUUACGUCACUCAUCAUCAUUGCGUUUGUGAUCGGGAUCCACAAAACGUUUCAUAGAUAUAAAUCAGAUGAUCUAUCUGAAUUGACCUUGACUAUUCUUACAGCCAUUAAAGGCUCUAGUGAUCCCGAUUACAUCCACAUCGACUCAAGUGGAAAUCAUAUAUGGCAAAAGAAAUGUGGUGGAAACGUUAACAUCAUCAAUCACAAAGUUCUUCUUUUACGGGAUGGAACACUGUUCGGGCAUUUCAUCGACGCCAAGCGAACAGGUGGGGACGACGUUCUUAGGGUCAUAGGUCAACCUGAGAAUGACGAGUUCGUGAGAGUGAAUAAAGGAUUCAUCCGCGUUCCCUGUGAUGAUGUAGUCCUACCAAAGUUAUAUAUACAGUCAACCUAUCAACAUUUCAUUAAAACCAUUGACAUCACCACACAACAUCAAAAAUAUGGCGGGACUACGGAACAAAAGUAUCUGCAGCCGUUUGGCAUUGUUGUAGAAAGAAAAGAUUAUGCCAAUGUGUAUUGGACAAUGAUUGAACUUUACAACGCUUUUUUGACAACCAAAAUGUUCUCUCGUGAUCCUAGCCAGACAUGUAUUGUCGUGCUGGAUGUACACCCAAGAGGUAAACUCGACGAGUUAUGGAGCAUGGUGUUUCAACGUGUUAUAAGAGUAAAAGAAAUUAAAGAUCAGGAAGUGAAUUUCCGGGAUUUGAUUUUUGGAAUAGACACUUAUAGCGGUCCUAUCACCGCAGGAAUGGAACUCCUUCCAUUUAUUUAUGAAUUUCAAGAAACAAUUUACCGUGCAAAUGCACUCUGCAUACCAGCGAAGACACCUUGCUCUUUAGGUAGUCAAUAUUUAAACAUAACGCUUAUUUUAAGGAACAAUUAUGUUGCGCAUGCUCGAAAUCCUAGCGGGAAAAUCAAACGCAAACUUCUGAAUGAAGAGGAGAUUAUCAAUGAAAUAAGAUCAGCGAUGCCAUCGACCAAGUUGACAGCUGUUCAAUUGGAUGAUUUAAGUAUGGAAGAUCAAGUGAAACUAAUAUACAAUACAGAUAUCCUAAUAGGGGUUCACGGGGCCGGACUAGGUCACGUGAUUAUGAUGAGACCACAGUCAGGCCUUAUUGAACUGUUUCCGACCUUAUACUUUCUGUUUAGGAACAAACACUUUGAGGAAUUCGCUAACUGGGUAGGGGUCCACUACAGCAGUUGGUACAACUGUGACGUGUUUUUCGGAGACUCGGAGUGGCUCUACGUACCGCCCAAAACAGUAGUACAGCUUUUACAGGAAAUGACGACAAAGAUAUGUUCGGGUAUAACACUUAAAUAGUAAUCUCGCUGUGGUUUUUGCCAGAAUUAACAACUAUGAAUUUUCACAUUCACUUUUAUCAAGAUAGAAAAAAGGUGUGGAAUAGAAAUGUUUGUUAUACUUUCCGGGGAUAGUGCCUUUUCGCAACCUAAAAGUCUUUGAAAAACUUAUUUUGAGUGAUUGAAGUAUUUCACCGUGGAUUUAAAUACAUGUAAAUUGUACCUGGCUAUUGUUUGCCUUUUAAAGGUUGCCACUCCUUG